AUGAGUUCCCAAUAUACGUAUGGUGAAUGGCAGUAUAUCAGCAGCCACGAGUUUCGUGGCUAUGUCCGCGAUGUCUAUGAUCAGAACGAGGCGAGCCGAGAUCCUAGUUUCAACAAUCCACGAACCCAACAGCCUGUCGAUGAGGUGGCACAGCAACUGCAGCAGACCUCACUAGAUCCUUCAUACGGAAGCUCACCACCGGGAGGAGGUAGCUACACAACCAACGUCUACUCGUCCUCUCCGCCUGUGUCCAAGGGCAAAGGAAAGGCCAAAGAGGAGCCCAAGAGCUCGUCGCAUAAGCACCACAGCUCCUCAAAAGACUCGUCGUCCAAGGGCAAACAAGCGCCAGUGCCGUCUUCGUCGAAAAGCAAGCACUCGGAAAGUCGCGACUCUGGCAAGUCUCGGAAGCACAAGGACGACAAAUAUGAUGCUGCCCCAGAAGAUCCAUUCUAUGCUACUUCGAGCGCCCAGUCCGUGGCAUAUUCAUACCGAGCCCAGGCGUCUGUUGGCAAUACUCGCGCUGAUGUAUCUGCAAUGAAUCCCACUCAAGGGUACAGCACCAGCGAUGCCGGCUACGCGACAUCCCCCGUGGACUACUCGGCUGUAGCCCAACCAUCAUAUACGUAUGCAACACCAAGCGGUCUCGCUCCGAUCUCCGAGGGCGAUCCUUAUCUCGGAAACGCACCAUAUCCAGGAAGCUCCUACGGAGGCUACGCGCCGCCCGUCUCGCGCGGCUCAGACCAGAAGCAGGCUUUGGCAUCCUCUUCCAAGAAAGGGAAGAAGGACUGGUCAAGUGGAUUGCCGGAAACCAUCGAUCCUCGCUACGUUGUUGAGCCUUCCAAGAAGUUCGCGAUUGGCCAAGUAUUCAAAAUUCUUUGGUCUGAACCGAGAGGCCAGACGACUCGCGAAGAUAUCGAUAAGAUGACCGAGAAGGCCAAAGUAAGAACCGAGUUCGGUGAUGUCUUCUACAUCAGCUUCCGUCGUUAUAUUGUCGCCAGAGAGGAUCAAGGACAUAGCAUCUGCGUGCCGAUUCUCACUUACGAAGGGAAGGCGUGCAGCAAGAGAGGAGUCAAGCCAGAGAAGCACGGUAUCAUCUAUGACGCCUACUCCCGUGAGCGUGACCCCACAAAGCCUCUCAGGAGCGAGCCUUCUCUUGGCUUCAAAGCAAUCAAGAUGAUAUCGACCGUUCGAGACGAGAAACUGGCCAAGGAGUCGCGCAUCAAUUAUUCCAAGCCGAUGACGAUCGAGCACAACGUCAGGGUAUUCUUCAUCGGCUACAUCCCCGACGAGGAUCUGGAAACCUUUCUUGCAGCGGUCGACAAAUCCUGGGCUCCCAAAAAGAAGCGUUAG